AUGACAACUAUCGAAUCGGAUGAAGAUGCCUACGAUGACUGGUCAACAUUAGCUCCAUCGUAUCAAGAUGUAUUCUUACCACGUUUUCAACCAAUGUAUGAUACUAUAGCACAUUAUGUUGUUAAAAAAAUUCAGUCGAAAGAUACAAAUGAUGAAUACAAAGUUUUGGAUUAUGGGACAGGUCCUGGUGAGCCGAUUCUGACUAUUUUGCAGCAACUUGAGACAAACAAGCUCUACAAUGUUCAAUUAAAAGCAAUUGAUUUUUCUCAAGGUAUGAUUUCUGUAGCGAAGGAACGUUUACACGAAUUGAAAAAUCGGCAUUUGAUUGUAAACUUUUCCACAACUGUUGACUCAUCGAAUACCAACAUCUACGACAUCAUCACCACCUCUCUGGUACUUCCUUAUGCAUCAGAUCAACGUCAAAUGUUACGAAGCUUCUUUCAACAACUAAAACCGAAUGGAUUACUCAUCAGUUCUCAUUGGCCCCACCCCAGUCAAGUUCCAUUUCUUUCAAUCUUAAAACAAGUUGCCCAUUUCAUGGCUACUGAUAAACGAAUCGACACGUCACAUCUAGAAUCGGAUGCAUCAUUUAUUUGUUGGCCAGAAGACAUAACAAAAAACAAGUUCAUUGCAGAAAAAUUUAAGAUAGAGCAAUGGAUAACCGUUGACCUUCCAAUGUUAUUUCCUGAUAUUCGUACUCUACUUAGCUUCUGGCGAAUGGACACAUGGUUUACAGACUCGUCACUGUAUUUAAAAGCUGAAAAGGAAACAAUGCGAAUUUUACGUCAAGAUUUUCAUUUGGAACUUAAAUCGAAUGAAUCAUUUGAACUACCAAGUAAAGCAAUCGUAGUUGUAGCAUGUAAAUAG